UCUAUCAUACCCUUGGUUUGUCUCAAAAACUAAUUUUAUAAUACACAAAAAAACACCAACCGCCAUUUUUGUUUCGAAGAAGCUAGCUACCUUUUAUCUAAUUAGCUCCGCAAUUCCUCAGGUCCACAAUAACUAACUCCCAUCUUUCUCUUUGGAUCUUUCAGGGAACCUGGUUUGAUCUCCAUCACUAGCAGCUAGCAUCAUGAAUCUUUCUCUCUUCAUCUUUCCUAACACUCCUUCUAGCCAGCCAGCCAGCCAGCUAGAAAUGAACCAAUAACUAAUCACCAUCACCUUCAUUUCAUUUAUUUGGGUUCUUAAAGCAGAUAUUAAUAAAGUAAUCAUCGACUGGCAAUUAGAUAGAUCGAAGAUGUCGUCAACGAUAAAAGAUAUGCUCAUUAGGACUAGUGCACCAGCAAGGUUAUACAGCAGCAGGCGGAGGCUGUACAAGGCGAAGUAUGUGGAAAUGAAUGAUUUGCUCCUAAGAGAAGACCGUUCAAUGAUACGGUUGAGCCGGGGUGGCCGAGCUUAUGGGAUCCGCACCUGUCAGGAUAGCCACAACAAUGAUGGGUUCAGUAACAUUUCCAGGCCACCUUUGCAGAACAGAACCCGAGCACAAACUAUCAGUAGCAGUAUCCCAGCUGUGUCAGACCCAACACCCAUCGCUACAAAGCGAGUAUUUACUUUUGGAAAAGGAAGGAGCGAAGGCAACAAGACCAUGAAGUCCCUGCUGGGAGGGAAGGGAGCAAACCUGGCAGAGAUGGCAAGCAUUGGUUUGUCAGUGCCACCUGGACUCACCAUAUCAACAGAAGCGUGCCAUGAAUAUCAGCAGAUAGGAAACAAGCUGCCACUAGGUUUAUGGGAGGAGAUAUUGGAAGGCUUAAAAUUUGUGGAGAAGGACAUGGGAGCCGUCCUUGGUGACCCCUCCAAACCUCUCCUCCUCUCUGUUCGUUCUGGCGCUGCUAUUUCAAUGCCUGGCAUGAUGGACACUGUCCUUAACCUUGGACUGAAUGAUCAAGUGGUUGCUGGUUUGAGUGCGAAAAGUGGAGAGCGUUUUGCCUAUGACUCCUUCAGGCGCUUUCUAGACAUGUUUGGAGAUGUUGUGAUGGGAAUCCCACACUCAUCAUUUGAGGAGAAGUUAGAAAAGAUGAAGGAAUCAAAAGGAGUAAUGCUUGAUACUGAUCUAACAGCUGCUGAUCUCAAAGAACUUGUGGAGCAGUACAAGAAAGUCUAUCUUGAAGUGAAGGGUGAAGAGUUUCCAUCAGAUCCAAAAAAACAACUGCAGUUAGCUAUGACCGCAGUUUUUGAUUCUUGGGACAGCCCAAGAGCCAUCAAGUACCGAAGCAUCAAUCAAAUUACUGGAUUAAAAGGAACUGCAGUAAACAUCCAAUGCAUGGUUUUUGGGAACAUGGGAAAUACAUCAGGAACAGGUGUUCUGUUUACUAGAAACCCAAGCACUGGUGAAAAGAAGCUCUACGGGGAAUUUCUAAUCAAUGCUCAGGGAGAGGAUGUAGUUGCUGGAAUUAGAACACCCGAAGACUUGGAUACAAUGAAAAAUUGCAUGCCUCAAGCUUACGAUGAGCUUGUGGAGAAUUGUGAAAUUCUAGAGCGCCAUUACAAAGAUAUGAUGGAUAUUGAGUUCACAGUUCAAGAAAACAGGCUUUGGAUGUUACAAUGCCGAUCCGGGAAGCGUACUGGUAAAGGUGCAGUGAAGAUAGCUGUAGACAUGGUUAGCGAAGGGCUUGUUGAUAUUCGCUCUGCAAUUAAGAUGGUGGAGCCACAGCAUCUCGACCAACUUCUUCACCCACAAUUUGAGAAUCCAUCUGCUUACAAAGACAAAGUGGUCGCGACAGGCUUGCCUGCAUCACCAGGGGCAGCAGUGGGGCAGGUAGUGUUCAGUGCAGAUGAUGCUGAAGAAUGGCAUGCGCAGGGAAAAAGUGUCAUUUUGGUAAGGACAGAAACCAGCCCAGAGGAUGUUGGUGGCAUGCAUGCAGCUGCUGGAAUCUUGACAGCCAGAGGUGGAAUGACAUCUCAUGCUGCUGUGGUAGCACGUGGUUGGGGAAGAUGUUGUGUGUCUGGCUGCUCUGAUAUACGUGUCAAUGAUGCCGAGAAGGUCGUUGUAAUUGAGGAUGUUGUUAUCAGUGAAGGAGAAUGGAUCUCACUCAAUGGAUCGACUGGUGAAGUAGUACUAGGGAAACAGCCACUAUCUCCUCCAGCUCUAAGUGGUGAUCUAGAGACAUUUAUGUCUUGGGCUGACGAAAUAAGACGCAUCAAGGUCAUGGCAAACGCUGAUACUCCUGAAGAUGCACUAAGAGCAAGAAACAAUGGUGCCCAAGGGAUUGGACUUUGUAGGACAGAGCAUAUGUUCUUUGCGUCCGAUGAGAGAUUAAAGGCUGUGAGAAGGAUGAUAAUGGCAGUUACCACAGAGCAGAGGAAGGCAGCACUAGACCUAUUACUACCUUAUCAAAGAUCAGACUUUGAGGGGAUUUUUCGUGCAAUGGAUGGCUUUCCGGUAACAAUCCGUCUAUUGGAUCCUCCACUCCAUGAAUUUCUGCCAGAAGGUGAUCUGGAACAAAUUGUAAGUGAGCUGACCACAGAGACUGGCAUGAUGGAAGAUGAAGUGCUCUCAAGAAUCGAGAAAUUAUCAGAAGUAAAUCCUAUGCUUGGUUUCCGAGGCUGCAGGCUAGGGAUAUCAUACCCAGAACUCACUGAAAUGCAAGCACGUGCUAUCUUUCAGGCUGCCGUCUCAAUGAGCAACCAGGGUGUCACCGUUCUUCCUGAAAUAAUGGUUCCUCUUGUUGGAACGCCGCAGGAAUUAGGGCAUCAAAUGACUCUAAUAAGGAAUGUAGCGAAGAAAGUAUUCUCUGAAAUGGAUGUAACCUUAAGCUAUAAGGUGGGGACCAUGAUUGAGAUUCCUAGAGCUGCUUUGGUUGCAGACGAGAUUGCAAAACAAGCGGAGUUCUUCUCCUUCGGAACCAAUGAUCUCACGCAAAUGACAUUUGGAUAUAGUAGAGAUGAUGUUGGCAAGUUUCUCCCCAUAUACCUAUCAAAGGGCAUUUUGCAAAGCGAUCCCUUUGAGGUGCUUGAUCAGAAAGGUGUAGGCCAACUCAUCAAGAUUGCCACCGAAAGGGGCCGUGCAGCUAGGCCAAGCUUGAAGGUUGGAAUAUGUGGAGAGCAUGGAGGGGAGCCUUCUUCUGUGGCAUUCUUCGCGGAGGCAGGACUAGACUAUGUUUCAUGCUCUCCAUUCAGGGUCCCCAUUGCAAGGCUAGCAGCUGCACAGGUUGCAGUGUGAAACAGGCUUCAACAGAAGCAGCUGCUUUCCAAGAGCACAUUUCGCCGACAUUACUCCCUUGUAAAUUUACGAUGAAUGAAACAACUGCUGUACAAUAAGCAUCAUUGAUAGAAGUGUAAAUAAAGGUCAACUCCUGCAUCCUGAUAUUGGAAAAGUGGACCAGAGCUUGUGAGCUCUCUACUGCUUACUCGUCUGGAACCUGUAUUCACCAAGUUACUUGUAAAGUCCAAGAGAUUCAUAUAAUGUAAAAAGGCCUGUCAUUUUGUGCA